UUUUUUCUCAAGCACAAUAAUGUGAGUUGUGUCGGAGAAACGAGUAAAUUUUUUAUUUUUUAUCAGGAAGGAAUGGCAAUUUUUUGUUCCGCGAUGUUACUUUCCAGUGAAUAAUAUGUUUAAAAUCCUGAACUUUCUUUAUAUAUAUAUACGUAAUACACGUUAUUGACAAGAAUUUAAAUUGGAAACGCUAAACUAUUGUAAAUGUGAUAGUUGUUGGAUGUGGAGAAAACUCCCUGAAUAGUUUCUUUUCGUUCCGCUUUUCUCACAACUUCGCUGACGGAGCUCCAUCAUCAUCGUCAUUAACAGCAACAAGAAAGUGCAACGGAAAAGAACAAGUUGAAGCGAAUUAUCGCUGAAUAUUUUCCAUAUUAAAGAUCAGGUGUAUAAAUGAUAAGCAAUAAAUUCUAGUGUAUGAAUUAUUUUGUUCGAUCUAGCAUAAACGAGCACUUCGCUAAUGCAUUAAACAAUGUCGAAAAACAAAAUAGCGAGUUCCAAACUCGAAAGUGAUCACAUUGAGAUAAAGUCAAAGUUCGACGCCGAAUUCCGACGAUGGUCAUUGAAAAGAUCUGAGCAUCACAGCUUCGAAGAGUUUCAAUCGUUGAUUGAACGUCUGCAUAAAUUAGAUCGCUCUCAGUUAUUAGUGUCCUAUAUUGACCCACGAGAUAACGAUUUGCUGCCGAUCAAUAAUGACGAUAAUUUUGGACGUGCUCUUACAACCGCUCGUCCACUGCUGCGGGUUAUUAUACAACGGAAAGGAGACAGCAUAGAAGAAAUCACGGGAUAUGGCACGAUGAGACCACGAAACCUCAUCAGCAGCAUUCUAGGUCAGACUCCGGUAAAAUCAAAGAGUUUAGCUAUUUCCAAUCCUCAUGACUUCCGGCAGGUCUCUGCUAUUAUAGAUGUUGAUAUUGUGCCGGAGACAUGCAGACGAGUCCGUUUGUUGAAACAUGGUAGUGACAAACCUCUAGGAUUCUAUAUACGUGAUGGAACUUCAGUCCGUGUCACAGCAAAUGGAUUAGAGAAACAGCCGGGUAUAUUCAUUUCCCGCCUAGUUCCCGGUGGUUUAGCCGAAAGUACAGGGUUACUGGCCGUAAACGACGAAGUUCUGGAGGUAAACGGUAUCGAAGUAAACGGCAAGACUUUGGAUCAGGUUACGGACAUGAUGGUUGCCAACAGUUCUAAUCUAAUUAUCACGGUAAAACCUGCUAAUCAGAGAACCCUAGCCCCUCCGCGACGUGGUUCGUUUUCCCGCAAUAGUCAACUAUCGGGUGGUUCUCAUCAAUCACACCACACCACCGGAUCGGAGGAAAACGACCAGGAUGAUCAGGAUGAAAUAAGAGACCUUACCGGUGCGGUUACUUUGGAAGAGAAUGCUCUAAUUAGACAAACAGACGGCGUGUUGCAUCUAUAAAAUCAAACAGUUUAUUUAUUGUGCAGUAUGUGUGUUGACAACUAAGCAGCGAAAUUACGAAUUCUAGUAAAAGCCUCCAAAAUCAAUGAAAGUAUAUGAGUUAUAUGGCAGGGGAUGCACAACCUAAACAAGUGUUUGCCACUCAGUAUAAUUAUGACGAGAUACAGUUUUUAGGUGUAUUUUAGGAUGAUUCAAAUACAGUAUUUUUUUAAAAUA